CUGAACUUAUGAAACCAUGGCGGAAGGAGAGACAGAGUCGCCUGGGCCCAAAAAAUGUGGCCCUUAUAUUUCAUCUAUCACUAGCCAUAGUAUGAACUUGAUGAUUCGAGGAGUAGUGCUAUUUUUUAUUGGAGUAUUUCUUGCAUUAGUGUUAAAUUUGCUUCAGAUUCAGAGAAAUGUGACGCUCUUUCCACCUGAUGUGAUUGCAAGCAUUUUUUCCUCUGCAUGGUGGGUACCACCAUGCUGUGGCACAGCUUCAGCUGUGAUUGGAUUAUUAUACCCCUGCAUUGACAGGCAUCUAGGUGAACCACAUAAAUUUAAAAGAGAGUGGUCCAGCGUAAUGCGGUGUGUAGCCGUCUUUGUUGGUAUAAAUCAUGCCAGCGCUAAAGUGGAUUUUGAUAACAACAUACAGUUGUCUCUCACACUGGCUGCACUAUCCAUCGGACUGUGGUGGACUUUUGAUAGAUCUAGAAGUGGUUUUGGCCUUGGAGUAGGAAUUGCUUUCUUGGCAACUGUGGUCACUCAACUACUAGUCUAUAAUGGUGUUUAUCAAUAUACAUCUCCAGAUUUUCUCUAUGUUCGUUCUUGGUUACCGUGCAUAUUUUUUGCUGGAGGCAUAACAAUGGGAAACAUUGGUCGACAAUUGGCGAUGUAUGAAUGUAAAGUUAUUGCAGAAAAAUCUCAUCAGGAAUGAAGAAGACAAAAAUAUAUCUUUUGUACAGAAAAACAAGAUGAAAAGAGCAUGUAAAUAUUGGUAUACCAACAAAACUUUGGACUGUAAAAUUGCCAGGAUGCAGUUUUUCCCUGGACUGGUAUAUAUGUGUGUAUACAUACACACACUUAUAUUACUGCAAUCUGUGAUUGCUUUAUCUGUAAAUUAGUUACAAACCUUUAUGUAUUUGACUUAAAUAAUUGUAAGAUGUAUAUGCACUACAUUAAAAAUGUUGAUUAAUAGAUGAAA